AUGUACAAGGUAGAGCACAUGACGCUCUUUCUUGAGAUGACAAUUUUGACCUGGAGUCUGGAGCUUCACACAGAUCUUCAGUGUCUACUGAGGACAGAUCUUCAGUCUUCUACAUGCAGAACAGAUGUCAGCCAUCAUUGUUCAGGGAUGCCAGAAAGCUUCAUCAAUACUGAGCUCAGAAACAAAACAGAUACAUUACAAUUGAUUCUCCUGGGACUGACAGAGGAUCCAGAACUGAAGCCUCUCAUCUUUCAUCUAUUCCUGAUCAUGUAUCUGGUCACUGUGCUUGGAAAUCUUCUCAUUGUAUUGGCUGUCAGCUCUGAUUCACACCUGCACACACCCAUGUACUUCUUUCUCUCCAAUCUUUCCUUUACUGACAUUUGUUUGAGCACAACUACCAUCCCAAAGAUGCUGGUGAACAUUCAGAAACGGAAUCAGAGCAUCACUUACACAGGAUGUCUUUACCAGAUUUUUUUUGUCCUAGUUUUUGGUGGCUUUGAAAAUUUUCUUCUUGCAGUAAUGUCUUAUGACCGUUAUGUGGCCAUUUGUCACCCAUUGAGGUACACAGCCAUCAUGAAUCCCUGCUUCUGUGGCCUGUUGAUUCUACUUUCUUUGUUUUUUAGUGUGGUGGAUUCCCUAAUCCACAGUCUGAUGGUUUUGCAUCUAUCCUUCUGUACAGACCUGAAAAUCCCUCAGUUCUUCUGUGAACUUGCUCAGGUCCUCAAGCUCACCUGUUCCAGUACCCUCAUCAACAACAUCCUGUUAUAUUUUUUGUCAUGCAUUUUGGGAGGUGUUCCUCUUUCUGGCAUCAUAUUCUCUUACACUCAGCUUGUCUCAGCUGUUUUGAGAAUACCGUCUGCUGGUGGAAAGUAUAAAGCUUUUUCUACCUGUGGGUCUCACCUUUUUGUCAUUUUAUUAUUCUAUGGAACAUCUAUGGGUGUGUACAUCAGUUCUAUAUUUACACACUCUUCCACAAAAACAGCAGUAGCCUCAGUGAUGUACAUUGUGGUCCCUCAAAUGAUGAACCCUUUUAUCUAUAGCCUAAAGAACAAAGACAUCAAGAUGAGCUUGAGAAAACUCAUUGGUAAGAUGCCUUCUUUUCCAUUACUGUAUCAUCUGUGA